AUGAGUGCUGUAGUUCUUCCUGCAAGCUCUGUAUCUGAAGCUCCUGACAAACCCCCUAUUACACCAUCUGGUCAAGAGCCAAUUAGUGGCAAAACAUCUCCAGUUAUGGCUCAGCCUUGCAACGAAGGAAACCAGGAAAUGCAUCAAACUGCUGCUCAUGUCGCUGAUUCUUCAGCUCUUACUUCCCCCACAAUACUUAACCCACCAGAAGUACAGAGGUUGGUUGUUGAACAUGUGGUGAGGAGUGGAGAAGGUGUUGCUCAGGCACACAUACCCAUGCGACUCAGACUGUUUUCUGGUAGGAAACCUCGUCCUGCUAAUGAGACAGAUUAUGACACAUGGCGUUCUAGUGUCGAUCUUGUUCUGAAGGAUCCUGCAAUAUCUGAUCUUCAUGGUUCAAGAAAGAUUCUAGAUAGCCUUUUGCCCCCAGCUGCUGAUUUCAUUAAACAACUAAGCGCUGACGCUGCUCCAUCAGCUUACCUGCAGUUGCUAGAUUCUGCCUUUGGUACAGUCGAAGAUGGUGAUGAACUUUUUGCUAAAUUCAUGAAUACCUUGCAGGAUGCAGGAGAAAAACCUUCGGCCUACCUGUAUAGGCUUCAGGCAGCCUUGAACAUAGCAAUCAAGCGUGGUGGUGUGUUGGCCAGUGAAGCAGACCGACACCUUUUGAAACAAUUUUGUCGGGGCUGCUGGGAUGAUGGUUUAAUAGCUGACCUGCGAUUGGCACAAAAACGAGAUGAUCCUCCUACUUUUGCGCAGCUAUUAUUGAUGUUACGAACCGAGGAAGAUAAACAUACUGCAAAAACCAUUCGUAUGAAGCAACAUCUAGGUAGUUCCAAGCAGCGUGCACUGAUGAACACCCAGAGGAUCUGGGUAUGCGAUGAACCUAAGCAAAGUACAGAUUGCAAUGUGUUGUCAUUAGCAACAGAAGCUAAGGAGCUUAAAAAACAGAUAGCCACUCUACAGAGCCAAUUAGCUAAACUCGCUACUAAAUCUGAGGCCCCAAAGAAACUGGCAUCACAAACCGUAGAUCGGAAAGCUUUCAAAGACAAAAAAUCAACCAAGCCAAGUGUUGAAUCUACAAUGCCUAUGCAUUAUAAACAAACUGACAAACCCAGGCCAUGGUACUGUUUUCAAUGUGGGGAAGAUGGCCACAUUGCCUCCUCCUGUGAUUCACAGCCCAAUCCAGCACUUGUGGCUGAAAAGCGUAAACUUCUAAGGGAGAAACAGUCCCAGUGGGAAUCUCAAAACAAUAUGGCAAAGGCUGCUUUAAACCAGAGCCAGUUCCUGUUGCGGGACAGCCAGGGACUGAAACAUUAA